AUGAACAUUGAAGGUCAUGUCAGAAACUUUGAAGCACAUGAACUACCAGCAAUGUUAGAUAAGAAAGCUGACAAAACUUAUGUGGAUGCAGAACUAACAAAGAAAUUUUCGAAACCAGAUACAAUGACAUUUACAACAGAAAUUAUAAAUGGUGAACCAGCAACUCCAUUUGAAUUUGUUAGAGGUCUUCAACCAGAUACUUUUGAAUUUUUCUUGGAUAAUUCUAUUGAACUAACAUUACAUUAUAAAAGUGGAACAAAUGCAACAUUUCAUCCGGGAGAUACAUUCCAAAUGGUAUUUAAUGACAUAAGUUCUUUAGAAUAUGUUUAUAGAGUUAUGAGCAUAUAUGAUUUAAUAUAUCCUAUAGGAGCUGUUUAUACGUCUAUGAAUCCAAUAAAUCCAAACACUUUAUUUGGUGGUAGAUGGUAUGAAAUAGUUGACAGUUUUCCAUUCUACACUAAUACGCAGUCAAUGAAGAUGGGAGGUUCAAAGAAAAUAGGUAUUGAAAACCUUCCUUCACAUAUGCAUAGGUUCAGUGGAAGAACAUCU